CGUGGCGGACCCCCGCUCGGCCCGUAGGCGCGCUCGCUGCUUGCGGCUGACCCGUCCGCACCGUGGCGCACGCCGCGCUCGCCCUCCGGUCGCCACGCCUCCGGGGCGUCGGAACCGGGCCGCCUGAGCUGACCUCCGCGCCCCCGAGUCAUCUCGCACCACCUUAGCCCCUCCCGGCGCUGCACUCUCGCGUGUCUGCCGCGCCGUCUGUUGCUCAGCCUCUUGUCUUCUGAUCUCUGGAUCAGAUUAGCCCUCUUGCCUUUCAUUCCUCGUUAAAGGUUUGGCUUGAGGCGGGUGAGGGUGACCGGAAAAGUGCUGUAAGAAUUUCAGAUAGAAGAUGGUGGUGGUAAAAUCGUCCAGUGCUGGGCAUGAUUUGUAUGUAUUGUCGCUGUCCUGCAAACUGAACAGACGGAGAGCCCAAGUUCACCUACACGUGGGAUGCCGUAGGAUGUUUUUUUCUCAAACUGUUCACCAGUAUGCAUGAGCGAGUGCACCGAACAGAAAGACAAUUUCGAUCACUCCCAGCUAAUCAGCAGAAACUACUUCCGCAGUUUCUUCUUCACUUGGACAAGAUCCGGAAGUGCGUUGAUCAUAAUCAAGAAAUACUACUCACCAUUGUGAAUGAUUGCAUACAUAUGUUUGAAAAUAAAGAAUAUGGAGAAGACGAGAAUGGAAAGAUUAUGCCAGCAUCCACAUUUGACAUGGAUAAGUUAAAAUCCACAUUGAAACAGUUUGUGAGAGACUGGAGUGAAACUGGGAAGGCAGAAAGGGAUGCCUGCUACCAGCCAAUCAUUAAAGAAAUUUUAAAAAAUUUUCCAAAAGAGAGAUGGGAUCCUUCUAAAGUAAAUAUUCUGGUACCUGGUGCUGGACUAGGAAGACUGGCCUGGGAAAUAGCUAUGCUAGGUUAUGCUUGUCAAGGAAAUGAAUGGAGUUUUUUUAUGCUCUUUUCUUCCAACUUUGUACUCAACAGAUGUUCUGAAAUUAAUAAAUAUAAGCUUUAUCCCUGGAUUCAUCAGUUUAGCAAUAACAGGAGGUCAGCUGAUCAGAUUCGACCCAUCUUUUUCCCUGAUGUUGACCCCCACAGUCUUCCUCCCAGUUCUAACUUUUCUAUGACAGCAGGAGAUUUUCAGGAGAUAUACUCAGAAUGCAGUACCUGGGACUGUAUUGCUACCUGUUUCUUCAUAGACACAGCUCACAAUGUAAUUGAUUAUAUUGACACAAUAUGGAAAAUACUCAAACCAGGUGGAAUUUGGAUAAAUCUAGGUCCUCUGCUAUACCACUUUGAAAAUUUGGCAAAUGAACUUUCCAUAGAAUUGAGCUAUGAGGAUAUAAAAAACGUUGUCCUGCAGUAUGGAUUCCAGGUAGAGGUGGAAAAAGAAUCUGUCUUGUCAACAUAUACUGUGAAUGAUCUCUCCAUGAUGAAGUACUACUAUGAAUGUGUCUUGUUUGUGGUCCGUAAACCACAAUAACGGUCUCAAGUGGUAUCACAAGGAAAAAAGUUUAAUAAUAGCAGAUGCUGAAAUAAACAACUCAAAGUCAACUAUCACAAUGACAGGACACAACCUCAAGUCAGUGGUGCCUUCUUAUUCCUAACAAAAUUAAGAAAUAGCGUCUAUUUUCUUAAUAUGUCUAUUGCUUUUUCAGAAACAUACUAUGCCAUGCAUAUUUGUACUACACAAGUAAAAAUGGAGGAAAUGUCUUCAAGUAUACAUCUUCCUUGAAGCCCAGAAUUAUCUUUCAGUAGAAAAAACUUUAUCUCCAGUAUCUUCAAAUAUACAUUUUCCUUGAAGCCCAGAAUUAUCUUUCAGUAGAAAAGACUUUGUCUCCAGUGUCUUCAUGAAGCUGUCCAUUGCAAGUCUGCCAUAUGAAUGACUAAUAGUAUUGAAGUCCAUAAUAAUCUCCUUUUUUGUUCUUUUGUAUGCAUUGCACAUGUUAUUUUUUAAAAAGUCUAAGGAUCCUCUGUCACUUUCAACAUCUGGAAUUGGGAAUUUUGUUUACUUUGGACCUAAGGAAUCUGUAGAUAAAAUGUGCAUCUAUUCUUUUAUCAUUCAGAUUAUUUGAUUUUAUUUUCUAGCUCAGCUGACUUUAUAGUUAGCAUCAAACAUUUCAUUUUUAUGAAGUGCUGAAUUCAUAGGAUCACAGGCCAGUAAAAUGCAUUUUAAAUAACUGAGAAAUUAAGUAUUUUGGACACACUAAAUUGAACGCUUUUUGAAAGCAUACUCAUCAUGGAUCACUCUGAAAUGUAUGAGAUCUCAACAUUCUAAGUGAGGCACAAAAGCCUUUAUUAAAGGUACUGCUCGGAAACUGGGGACAUAAGAAUAAAAUCUGCCCAUUUGAAAUGUAUGAUUUCAAACUAUAAAUGAAUACAGAGUUUGUCAGUGAGAUGUUUACAAUAAUGUCUUUUCUUUGGGUUACAUGAAUUACAAAAGCAAGCACUUUUUUUUCCGUUAAAACAAUUAUAUACUAGUAAAAACUGUCAUGAUAGUAUUAAUGUGGAGAAAUUUUGAUUAUGAAAUUUAGGGAUAAAUUACUGCCAUGGUCUGUGUCUUUAAUAUUGUAAGAAGCAGCCAUUAAUAUAAUUUCAGAUUAAUACCAAUUUUGUUCCCUGAUAGCUGUAGCUAAAACAGUAUAUAUGCUGCUUUAAACUUCUACCUCUAGCGGAUCUUUAUUGGAGGGAGUUUUCCUUUGUAUUUUUUUAAUGUUUAUUAUCCUGUUUUCCAGUAGCUUGAUAAGUAGAGAUGACUAAUUUAACCUUUUCUUGGAGAAAAGGAAGUUAUAUGGAAUAUUUUCACAGAUGAUUGUGAUGAUAUUAAGUGACCUCUGUGGCAAUUUGGAUUAGAUAGACUUAAUCUCAGUAAUGUGCUGGUAGCAUAAAUGUCAUGUUUUCAUAGGAAAACUUACUUAGAAAUCUUUAGACCUUUACUGUCAGUUAGGUGCGGGGGAGUCACUACGCGAUUUGGCAUCUUACCAGUGGGACCUUUUCUGCAUACACUACAGGAGCUCCUGUGGCCUUUAUGCCCAUGAUGCAGUGAAGGAUUCCGUGAAGUUAAUUUGAUUUGUCAAGUUAUGGACACGUGUAUGUAACCUGUUGAGUAUUUCUGAAAAACUGUUUCUCUUUUUUGUGUUCCUCAGUACUUGGCAGAUAUUCACUUAGUGGGAAUUCUUCUUACCUACCACAUGGAUGAACUUGAAAUUAAUUGCAAGGGGAAAAAGCCCCCAAAUUUAUUAUUUUCUUUUAAAGAAAGAAACUUAAAAGGAGCAUAAGUAUUUUUAAAAAGCCAUUGAAAGGAAAGGAAUCAUGCUGUUUGUAAUUUAGAAAUGCUUUUUAUUCACUGAUUGAUAUUCACUUUUUUACAACUUGUAUCAAAACAAACGAUCUUGGUUUUCUCAGAGGGAAAAACAGGUUGACACCAAUGGGUUGGCAUUAUUACUUAAAAUUUUUGCUAUCAGGUUUUAUUCUUUAAUAAUGUUACUUAUAUUUCUAAAUUAUAGCUUAUAUUUUAGUUAAUUCUGAAAUCAUUUCAUUUGUUUCUAAUUUCUCCCUCAUAUUAUGAAUACUGUUUUUUAAACGUACUUCACAAAUUUGCAUCACUCUUUUUCUUAUAGCUUUUGUAGUUAAUAUAUUCUAAACUUGAAAAUUGUGGUAUCAAUCAAUAAUAGAGGUGUCACUGGAGGAUUUAAUUUUGUAUUUCUUAUGUGUAUAAAUAGCUACUAAAGUGUGUAAGCCUUAAAGUUUAAAACAUUUUUCUUAAAUAACUCUAUACACAAAUGUUUUCAUUCAUUUUCAUCAAGUGGGAGGAGAUAGGUCACUGUGCUUGCUUUUGUUGUUGUUUUUUAUUAAAUUUACAUAAUCUGAAGCAAUGCAGGCUAGGGUAUAUUAAUCAAGUGAGCAAGAUGGGAUAUGUAAAAUAUAAAGAGAAGCUGUAUAAAUCACAGUAUAAAAUUACGAAGUUUGGGAACUGUAAAAUAUACUGUAUUUAUAGGUAACUCUCAUUCUAAAAGUUGCCACAAAGGCUUAAUCGGAAGCUUCAUGUCUGCAUGAAAUUUCCUAUAUUUUUAAUGUGUAUGAUGGACUUAAUUUUUCUUGAAUAUUAAAGUCUGCCAAUUGCUAUGAAA